AUGGCUUCAGCAGCUCGAACCUUCACACGCGCCGUCUCACGCACGAGACCAUCAAGCUCAUCCUUCCGUCUUGCUGCGGGCAAUUCAUUCACACGGUCCUCUCGCCGCGGAUAUGCUUCAGAACCCGGUUCAGGGAGGUCGAACCUCAAUAUACUGCUUGGUGCUGGUGCCAUCGCCGCAGCCGGUGCCACAGGCUUCUACUUUUACAACAAGAAAGAUGUUCACAUGAUUAAGGGGUCCUCUGGCGAAACUCAGGGAAUUUUCAAGGCCACUAAGGAUGACUACCAGAAGGUGUACGAUGAGAUCGCGAGGCUGUUGGUGGACAAAGAUGACUACGAUGAUGGAAGCUAUGGACCGGUUCUUGUUAGACUGGCGUGGCAUGCCAGCGGAACGUACGAUGCUGCCACCAAGACUGGAGGGAGCAAUGGUGCAACCAUGCGAUUCGCCCCGGAAGGAGACCAUGGUGCCAAUGCCGGUUUAAAGCACGCGCGGGACUUUUUAGAGCCUGUCAAAGCGAAAUUUCCCUGGAUAUCCUACUCUGACCUUUGGACCCUCGCUGGUGUUUGCGCUAUACAAGAAAUGCAGGGACCCAUCAUUCCUUGGCGACCUGGCCGUCAAGAUCGUGAUGUGGCCUUCUGUACACCUGACGGCCGACUUCCGGACGCCUCCAAGGAUCAAAAUCACAUUCGCGCCAUCUUCGGCCGCAUGGGUUUUGAUGAUCGCGAAAUGGUCGCACUUUCCGGGGCCCACUCGCUAGGUCGAUGUCACACUGACAGGUCUGGGUAUGAUGGUCCAUGGGCCUUCAGUCCUACGGUGAUGACAAACGAAUAUUUCCGAUUGCUGAUGGAUGAGAAAUGGGGAUGGAAGAAGUGGAAUGGUCCGGCUCAAUAUGAGGAUCAGUCGACGAAGAGUCUGAUGAUGCUGCCAACCGAUAUGGCACUGAUCAAGGAUAAAGAAUUCAAGAAACAUGUUGAGAGGUAUGCCAAGGAUAGCCAGGUCUUCUUCAAGGAGUUUUCCGAUGUCAUUGUUAAGCUUUUUGAGCUCGGUGUGCCAUUUGAGUCCACGCCGGAGGACAGGAUCAGCUUCAAGGUCAGCGACGAUUGA